UGGAUUUGGACUGAAGACAAAGAAUUUUCAUUGAGGCUUUGGGAAAGGAGAUAUUGAGGAGGCAUAAAGCGUAGUUGGAAAGACAAAGCAGGUUGAUUAGACCUGAAAAUUUGCUUUUUGAGAGCUAUUUAGUCCUGGAUAGAUUCUUGGAGUUUUGGGAUUUUUGAAAGAAAUUUAGCAUGAUAGAGGGUAAAAUUUGAGUUUUCUUUAAAAGCACAAAAGGCUCAUAAAGGGCUGCAUUUUCCUUAUCACCUAAUGCCCUAAUAAGUCCAAACCUCAGCAUCCUUUUUCUUCAUUGAUACUUUACUUAAUAUUACCACUUUCGUUUAAAAAGCUCACAUUAUGCAAAAUUAUUAAUGAAUCUGGACUCAGAAUCACUAUUUUUAAUUUAUAAAAUUACAACCAGAUUAGCUUGUUGUUAUCCUUUAAAACUUACUCAAUUUUCUCUAACAAAACCUAUAGACUGACAGCAGAUCUCCUGUAAAAGCAACUGUUUACGCCAAUAAGCUCCCUGAAAUUAAGGAGUGUCCUAAGAAGAGAUUUUCUAGACAUAAGGCUAGCUUGAUUAAGCAAAGAUUUCAGAAGAAAAGAAGAAGAGUUUUCUCAGAAUCUCGUAUUGGAGAAUCAACUGAAAGCUCUUCGAGUCCUGGAUGCCAAGCCAUUUCUCCAAGAAAGAAGAUUAAGAGCCCUGCUCCGCUCAGAAAUAUAAAGAAUUUAGCUUACUCGAAGAAAUUAUCUAUGGUAAAUUGAAAUGAUCCGUCUCCAUCUCUAAGAAAGAAAGCAGCUAACAAAAUGAAUGUUCUUCUAAGCAAGAAGCUCAAUAGCUUGAAGAAAUCAAAGAUGGCAAACUUCAAGCACAAGCUGAAGUCUUUAUCUCCUACUAAGAAGAUGGGAAUUUUCAGCAAAAAUUGCAGAUUUGAAGGAGUCUCUAGCACAAUUGUGAAGACUCUAAAGAGACCUUCUCCUAAAAAGAAGGCAAUUUCGAGAAGGAUUACUAUUAGACAGAAUGUGAACUCAAGCAAGGACGUUAUAACUAAAAAAUUCAGUGUUAUCCAUGAUCCUGAACCUGGACAUCCAUCUAUUUUGAACAGGAGGUUCUGUAGUCCAAAUCAGAGGACUCCAUACCAAAAUCUGAACCAGACAACGAUCCCUAAUAUCUUCACUUUUGACACCUUUGGAGAUCGUAAAUUACCAAAGAAAAAGAUUUCGAGAAGAUGAAAAAUGGAUCUUUCUCAGAUUGUCUCAGACUGCGAGCUUGAAGCUAUCAAAACUAAUAUUUUAUCAAACUAUGAUGCCAAUGAGAAGUCAAAUGUACUUUAGACAAAGCCCAAGGGCCUCAGUCUCAUAAUUAUUAAAUUCAUAAAAUUUGUGGUACCUUAACCCUCUAUCUUGGCAAUGUUUUAUUAUGUUAAAUUAUAACAGAAAUGUUCUGCAUUUCUGCACAAUUUUUCAACUUCUUAAUCAAUCCUUUGAAAAAUAUUCAAAGGAUUUUUACUGUUUCCUCAGCAUUCCUUCUGCUAAAAAUCCAAAAACUUCGUCAAGACCUUGAUCAACCAAAUAAAUCCGAUAUCAAGAGCUAUAACCCCACUUUAUAUACCUUUUCCCCAUUCUAAACUCAAUAAAAAUGCCUUAAAGCCCCUUAGAACAACUCUAGAACGAUUCCUUGGCUUAAUUUGGGUAAAACCCCCAUGUUUUGGUUUUAAAUUAACACUAAUGCGUCACCAUUUAUUUU